AAAAAGUUCAGUCUGUCGAACGAAACGGGAAACGAAAGUCGCCGCGUUGUAGCAACUACAUAACUAAAUGAUAAAUUAAUUAAUUAAAUAACUCGAUGUUAACAAAUUACACAUAGUUAAUCAUAUAUAUUUUUGUACACACGCCUUGUACAAACUAAUCUAGCAAAACACCAAAUCCAAAAACACCAAAGUGCAUUUAAAACCAACAACAAAUAUGUGAAAACGCAAGCAAUAGUCAAAAAUCAUAAAUCCAUAACUCAUAAAUGAAGUGAUAAAAAACCGUGUUCACAUCGUAUUUUUAGUUGAAAAACCGCAUUAUUCAAUUGCCAAAACAACCACACCAAAAAGUAAAUAAAUAAAUAUCGAAGUGAACGUGAUACGUCCUCAACCCAAUUAGGAGUUAAAUAUAUAUACAUAAACAGAAGCUGUCCAAAAUGCGUCGCAACAUCAAAUUGAUCGUAUUCGUGAGCAUCAUUUGGAUGUUCGUGAUGGUCUACUACUUCCAAUCCAGUACGGAAAAGGUGGAAAAUCGAGCGCUGCGGCUACGUGAGGUGGCCACCGCCAUGCAGCAGUACCAGGACGACUCCUCCUCGGCGGCCGCAGCCUCCACCGCCCGCCAGUGGGCGCCAGCUGGCGGAGGAGCAGGAGCAGGAGGAGGAGCCGGAGGAGGAGGAGGAGCCGGAGGAGGAGGAGGAGCAGCGGGAGCAGCUGGCAGCGGGGCCGACGAUCCCGGUGGCAAUGUCAUCCUAAUCGGGUCGGUAAAGGACUUCGAGCGCAAUGCUGUCCACGGCCUCAAGUUGAAUGGAAUCGUGGCCCUAGAGGAGACAUCACAGGGUCUCAGUGGAGGAACUGGAGGACCUGGUGGUCGAUUACCAGUAGCUCCAAGUGGUCGAGGCACCGAGGUGGAAUACUUUAAUGAGGCGGGCUACAUUAGAGCGGGGGCCCUGCGCAACGGCGAAGAUCCCUACAUCAGAAAUCGAUUCAAUCAGGAGGCCAGCGAUGCUCUGCCCAGCAAUCGGGAUAUACCAGACACCAGAAAUCCCAUGUGUCGGACCAAGAAAUACCGCGAAGAUCUGCCCGAGACGAGUGUCAUCAUUACCUUCCACAACGAGGCGAGGUCCACUUUGCUGCGAACCAUUGUGAGUGUCCUCAAUCGCAGUCCCGAGCAUUUGAUACGCGAAAUCGUCCUGGUAGAUGACUACAGUGAUCAUCCUGAGGAUGGUCUGGAGCUGGCGAAGAUCGACAAGGUGCGGGUCAUUCGCAACGAGAAGCGCGAGGGUCUGGUGAGGUCAAGGGUCAAGGGUGCGGAUGCGGCGGUCAGCAGUGUCCUGACCUUUCUCGACAGCCACGUAGAGUGCAACGAGAUGUGGCUGGAACCGCUUCUGGAACGCGUUCGCGAGGAUCCCACGCGAGUGGUUUGUCCCGUCAUCGAUGUGAUCAGCAUGGACAACUUCCAGUAUAUUGGAGCCUCGGCUGAUUUGCGAGGUGGAUUCGAUUGGAAUCUGAUCUUUAAGUGGGAAUACCUAAGCCCCUCGGAGCGGGCUAUGAGGCACAAUGACCCCACCACUGCCAUCCGGACACCGAUGAUUGCCGGCGGGUUGUUCGUCAUCGACAAGGCCUACUUCAACAAACUGGGCAAAUACGACAUGAAGAUGGACGUGUGGGGCGGCGAGAAUCUGGAGAUCUCGUUCCGCGUGUGGCAAUGCGGUGGCAGCCUGGAAAUCAUCCCCUGCAGCCGGGUGGGUCACGUCUUCCGCAAACGGCAUCCGUACACCUUCCCCGGAGGAAGUGGCAACGUCUUCGCCAGGAACACAAGACGUGCGGCGGAGGUUUGGAUGGAUGACUACAAGCAGCAUUACUACAACGCCGUGCCCCUCGCCAAGAACAUUCCCUUCGGCAACAUUGAUGACCGUCUGGCUUUGAAGGAAAAAUUGCAUUGCAAGCCCUUCAAAUGGUAUCUGGAGAAUGUCUAUCCCGACCUGCAGGCCCCCGACCCACAGGAGAUUGGCCAGUUCCGACAGGAUAGCACGGAGUGCUUGGACACGAUGGGCCACUUAAUCGACGGCACUGUGGGUAUUUUCCCGUGCCACAACACGGGCGGCAAUCAGGAGUGGGCCUUUUCGAAGCGCGGCGAAAUAAAGCACGAUGACCUCUGCCUGACCCUGGUGACCUUUGCCCGAGGGUCCCAAGUGGUUCUGAAGGCCUGUGACGACUCGGAGAAUCAGCGGUGGAUCAUGAGAGAGGGCGGUCUGGUACGGCACUACAAGAUCAAUGUGUGCCUGGACUCGAGGGAUCAGUCCCAACAAGGAGUCAGUGCCCAGCACUGCAAUUCGGCACUGGGAACGCAACGCUGGUCCUUCGGAAAAUUCGCGUGAGGAAGAGGUCUUGGUUUCGAGUAAACUAGCGGAGGAUAAUGCAGAUCGGUCGUGAUAUAUGUGCAAGUUGAUGGGAGGAAGCCUACCUAACGCGAUGCGGAUUGUAUGUGUACUGUACUGUGUACUUGUAAUGAUUUAUCCAUGUUGAUUUGUUGCUGAACGGAAAACACUCAAAAAACCCACAUUCUAUAUAUAUAUAUAUAUAUAUUAACUGCAUAUAUAUGGUAUAAGUUCAACUUUAGUUUACCAAUCAAAUCAACUGCUCCCGGGGGGGUUAAAGUUAAACGCUACCUAAACAACAAAAAACCAACAUAAAGGGCAUGCAAAAAAUGUACUUAGACUGAUUAAUUUUUUGUAUAUGUAUAAAAACUAUAUGAAAAUGGAAUAAUACCUUAACAUAUAUAACCUUUGGCAGCUGAUAAAAAAAA